GUUGUGGAAAAUUGUGUACCCCCGAAAAAAAGGGAGUGUUUUUAUUUUGCGUUCGUCACUUAUUUGAAUGUCAAAUAAUUGGCAAAUUAAAUUUAUUCCGUUAUUUUAUGUGCGUGUGUUAUUGUUGCAUUUGGCUUUGUGCAGCAAACGCAUUUUGCAGUUCGUGUGUGUCUGUGUGGAUGAUAAAGAAGACAUAAGAAAGGGGAAGGGGAAGGGGCAGCGGAAAGUGGGCGCAGCAAUUACGAGAGAACUGCCAAAGGAAUAAGGAUAAGGAAGAGGAAGCAAAAGCAGAGCGAACUUUUAAUCAAUAGAUAUACAAACGCACGCGCAGCCGCGUUACCGUUACUCGCACACUCGCACUCGACUCUUUGCCUUGUCUUGUUGUUGUUGCACUGGACGAAGCAGGAAGAGGAAGACAAGUGAACAAAAUUGCUAUUGCGCUGGGCAGCAUCGUUCGUUCUCAAUCCGAAAUCAAUGCUCGGCAAUUUGGAUUCGGUGUCAAGAGGUUAGGAAACUCAGGCCCGUGAGCACGUAUCAGGACAACCCAGCAGUCACGAGGGAAAGGGAAACCGCCAGGAGCAACAAAGAACAGGAAGAGCAGGCACACAUUCCAAUUUUAUAAGGGGAAAAGACGAAGAAAGCAGGCCAGGAUGGGCGACUAUCACGAAUUCACGGACCAAUACAAGGUUCCGGUGAUAGCGAAGCUACUCCACGCCCUGCCCCACUACAACAUCACGUUCCACAAGAUCAACAGCACGUUCCGGCCCAAUGAUGAGAUAUACUUGGAGAGUCUGGGAAUUUUGGGCUCGGUUCCGGCUGCCCUGCUGAUCGUAUCGCUGCUGGGAUUGCUCUUCUAUUUGAUGACCCGCUGCUGUGACCGGAAACCCCGGCCAGCGCACUCGAUCACCAGUCUAAAGGUGGCACUGUCCAUCGUUACGGUCAUGUGCUGUGCAGCGAUUGGAUUAGGAUUGUAUGGCAACGAUGAUCUGCACAACGGACUGCUGGAGGUACUGACGGCGGGCAGAAAAGUGGACAACUUGGUCACGACCAUCCGAAAUCAGACGCACAUCCUGGAGAACACGCUGACGAAUCGCAUACGGCCACAACUUGUGGAACUGGCGGACAUCUUUGAUCAGCCAGUGUCGAAUCAAACCGCCCUUUCGAAGCUCUUCGUAUCACUCAACAUCGUCCAGGGAAAUGUUACCCUUGCCACAAACGCGGCCAGCGAUAUCCGACGGCCUCUGAUGGGCAUCUCAAUGACGCAUUUUUUGACGCGCGGCGACCAAUGGGAACUGAUCCGAUGGCCGGGCACGGUGGCCACGUUGGCCUUGCUCCUUGUCCUGUGUGCCGUGCUGCUGGUGGGCGUGGCUCGGCACUCACGCUGCGCUCUGAUCCUCUUUAGCGUCUGCGGCUUGUUGGCCGUUACCGGUUCCUGGCUGAUGUCCGGUCUUUAUCUCUCCUCCUCGGUAGCUGUCGGCGACCUGUGCAUCUCGCCAGCGGAUUUCUUAGUGUCCACGGCACCCAGGGACCUGCCCACCAAUGUCCUGCUGCACUACACCCAAUGCGAACCGGGCCACACGAAUCCAUUCACCCAGCGCCUGAGGGAAUCACAGAAUUCCUUGAACAAUGCUCGCAGUGCCAUGGCCACGGUGAUGAAGAUAUCGCUGGUGCUCUUCAAAUCCUCGGGCUUGCAACCGAAACUAGGUGCUGUUAAUGCGGAUUUAAAUAGUAGUGAGAGACUACUGACCCAACUGACGGCUCUUGUGGAUUGCAAGGCAGUGCAUCAUAAUUUUCUGGCCGCCGCUCGGGGACUUUGCGAGGGAGGAUUACUGGGACUAGUCCUGAUGCUGAUAGCCAGCUUUAUAGCCGCCAUUUUGCUAACCAUUAUGGUUUGGGUGGACUCGCACACGUGGAUUUAUAUACGGAAACGCAAUGACUAUGCCCAGGUUGAUGAACCUUCGUAUAUUUCGCAUCCGGCACCGCAGAAUCACCAGCAGAUGAUGAAUGCUGCCAGGACAUUGCCGAGAAAUCACAAUGGACACUUCAGUCCACCGGUGAUCAGCGGCUCCCAUACGCUCCAGCAUCCAAGCAAGCGACAGCAGCACGAGAUGAUGGCCCACGCCCACAUUCAGCAGAACAUGCGCGCCAUGGGCACUCACACACUGGGCCGGUUACCGUCGCACAACCACAGCCCCACCCACAUGACCGGUCCCAAUAAUGCAGCAGCAGUCGCAGCAGCAGCAAACGCCGCCGCCAAUAUGCCGCCGACCACGCAGGCCACCCAACAGCAGCAGCAGGCGCAGCAGCAACAACAGCAGGCACAGCAACAAUUGGGAGGACCACAGCCAAUCUAUUGCCAUCAUCCACAUCAGCAUCCGCAUCCCCAUCCGCAUCCGCAUCAGCAUCCGCAUUCUCAUUCAGCCGCCGCCGUGGCCGCUGCAGUGCAGCACCAGCAUGCGAUCUACCAUCAGCAGCAGGCGCAGCAAUAUGGCACCUAUACUACAGCGGCCCACCAUGCGCCUCAUCAUCUGGGGCCUGGCCAGAGCCAAAUUUAUCAACAGAUUCCAGCCCAUUUGGCGCCCCAACUUGCGGCCAAUGGAAAUCCACAUUCCAUAUAUCAGCCGCUAGUUGCUGUUAGCCAAGGCUCCAUAUAUGUAUCCAAUUUGGCCACGAUGCGGAGGCAGAAUAGCCAGGGCGGUCCACAGAUACCGGCGCAUCAGCAUCCACCCAGCUUGCAUCAGCAGCAGCAGCAACCGCCGCCGCCUUCUCAGCAGCAGCAGCAGUUGCAUCAGCUUAAAUCACCGCAGCAGCAUCAGCAACAGUUGCAGCAGCAGCACCAGCAACAACAACAUCACCAGCAGCAGCAACAGCAGCAACAUCAGCAACAUCACCAGCAGCAGCAACAGCAAAACGAAUCGGAUGUCGUUCCCAUUAGCACAGCCAUGGAUAGCGCCAUCUACGAUCGGGAUAAGCAGAUCUACAAGUGUUCCACUUUGCGGCAGGGCGGCAAGUUCGAUCCCAAGUACAAGCCAUCGAUACUCAAUUGCCCGCUGCCGGAGAUCCCCAAGGAUGCGGAACAGCCAAAGGUGGAGUCCAUCUACGAGCAGCGCCAGCAGGCCCACCACCAAAACUACUCCAAGACCCUGCAGCGUCCGCCGAUGAAAUUGCCACCGCAGAUGAAGGCGAUCCCGCCGCCGCGCAUAGGCACGCCCACCUCGCCGCCGCCGCCCGUCGCCCAGCCGCUGAGUGAGGCCAAUGGAGGAGUGCCAUCUGGCCUCCAGAACGGAGGAGGAGGAGGAAACACAAACGAGGACACCUCACUGCCGCCGCCACCGCUGGAGGCGCAAACAGAUGCGACAAAGGGCCGAAUGGGACCAGGAUCGGCCGCCAAUGGCAAGGUCCUGCACAAUGGCGGAGGCGGUGGUGGCGUGACCGGAGGUGGCGGAGGUGCUGUUGACGAUGAUGAUGAUCUGCCACCGCCACCGCCAGCGAUAACCGAUGAAAGCAACUAUGCGGUGACGGAGCUAUAAGAUGGACAUGGCUAAGAUCACAAAAACCAGAAGAGUCAGUCAGAGCAAGAUAUGUAUAAGACAGGAAUUGGUCAGGACUUGGGAUUGGGGGCGUCUUCCUAGAAUUCGGAUGUAGGAUAGAUAUAUAUCGAGGGAAACGGGGAAAUGGGACUAAGGAUUGCUGCAGCGGCGAGUGUUCCUUCUUAAUUUGUUGCAUUUAACGUAUCGUAUCGUAAUCGUAUCCUAGACCGGAAUCCUGCUUUUCGACUUUUGUACAUAUUAUACACUGAACUAUAUCCGAGCAUUCAACAGAAAAGGAUAUUAAGGAUAUAACAAACACAUACACACAGAUACUAGACACGCACAGACAGGCAGACAGACAGACAGACAAACGGACAUAUGUAACAUAUAUCAGCGAUCUAUUACUUAUAUAAAUAUAUAUAUAAUCCAUUUAGGACACGGUUAUUCCUUUUUGAUAAUAGCAUAUUUUUACCAAUUUUAAAGCGCUAAAUUGUCAAAAAGAAACAAUUUUACGGGGGCUAACUUAUUGUAUUAUACAACAUUAUUCUCUAUAAAUAUAUAUAAAUUGUAUAUCCUCUACACCCAAAAAAAAAAAAAAAAACAACAAAAUCGGAAAUGAGAAACCAUACUGGAAACGAAAGACCGACACUUGAACCUAAAAACCAACCACCAAAUAUUCAAAUCGAAUUCGGAUCGUAGGCCAUAAGUUCUAGAAUCGAAUUGUAGUUGAAGCGUUAGAAAAGAUUUUUUAGGCGUUUGUCGGGAGUCAAUUUUUAAGUAGACAACGGACAACUGAAUGGAUGGGCAAAGGGGCGUGUCUGGUUCUUAUUUUUUUUUUAUCUAUUUAUUCUUUUUGGUAUUCUAAAUACGUUUUUAAAAUCUUGAUUUUUUCUAGAAAGUCAUUAAUCUUUCUUAAUUUCAAUUUCCCUUCAAUUUCUACAAUAGUUAAAUAUAUAUAUAUAUGUGAUAUAUUCUGAAAUUUAGUCAUUCAAAUUUCAUUUUGAUCAUCCAAAAAUCACAUUCUAAGGCCUAAGUUCCUGACUGAUUGAUUGCAUUUAUACCUACUCCUAAAAUAAAUGCUUGCACAAGCGAAUGAUAGUGGCGGAAUAGAGCCAUUCCUUAUUUUAUGUUGUAAGAAAAUCGAACCGAUAUGACCUCGAGUAUGCCAAACUAAUAUUAGUUAAUGGAGAAUUAUUUAAGCACCCCAAAGACACGUACUGCUAUUGUUAAGACCCCGAAACGAAUCACUGCCCCCCGAGCCCCAACCAUUCAGGUGGAUCCCCCGUUUAGUGCUCGACUCUGUCCUGGGUCUGGGUUGUGCUGCGGACGAUCUCCCCUCACAUGGGAUCGGAUCGUCCUGGACUGGCGGGCUAAAUCGAUCGAGGAUUUGAGCCUGCGAUUUUAUUGUGUAUCUAACCUAAGCUUAACAUGGAAUGCAUUUAUUAAACCUAAAUAUAAACAAAUAUAUAUGUAGAUAUUUAGUGGGCUAACUGUAUAUUUAGUAGCUAAACGAAAGGCAUAUAUAGUAAUAGCGUAAACAAUAACCAUAUAGAUGAGAGAUGAACAUUCGACUUGUCAUGGAACCGAUAGCAAUAUAAAACUAACACGAAGUACUGCCACCCCUACCCCUCUUCC